AUGCAUUCUGCGGCCCUCCAAAUAGGCGAUGAGACUCGAAAGCCCCGGACCUCGGCAUCGAAGCCUCGCUUCUCCAUCUUCAGCCCUCCCUGCCUGGCACGGGCACAAGAUCUACAUCGUUUUGCCGGGAACGGAGCGUCUCACUGCCUCAGAAUGACCUGGCAAUUUGAUGUCUUGGACCGAGCGACAAGUGCAAGCAUCACAUACUUCUGGGAACAACGACAAACUGCGUCCCAUUUCACGGACAUAUCCUGUCAAGCAGGGCUAUUUGUGAUGCCGGGAAGAUGCGUGUGUCAAGUCAAUUCCAAGAGCUGUCCGGAUCUUUCGACAUUUCGACAUCCCCCCGAUGUGUUUCGCCAGUUUUGGUCCGCGCCGGUUGGGUGUCCCGAGCCGUCGCGGCUCUGCUUUGAGAAAGGCGCCUUUUGA